AUGGCGGCACAAGUAACAGGUCGGUUUGCAGCCUCAACAACGAGGAUAUCUCUCUCAUUGCCACUUGCUUUUAUCAGGCAUAGAGCAAGAUGUCACCAACGACGAGAAACGAUCUGGAAAUCAUCCCUGGCGUCACCUUCCGAUAAUCAAUUUGGUGACGAUCGAUUGUGGAUCCUGGGAUCUGGUUCCAUUGGACUAUUCCUGGCAGCCUCCAUUCACAUGGCACACCCUCAAUACCCUCUUUCUAUCUUAUUGAGAGAUCAUCACGCAGAUAACCUUAUUCGGAAGGAUCACAAUGAAGCUCACAUCAAAGUUCUUUUGGAACAACCAUCGUCUGAUUGCCAUAAGCCUAGAUCUGCAGUGCCAGUACCUGCCAACCUGAUCACGUCCCUGCACGAGGAUCCUGCCGUUACAAUAAGAGCACUGGUACUUUCCACCAAGGCUUUUCAUGCAGUGUCCGCAUUGCAAUCGAUUCACACCCAUCUAGCAGCCGACGCUCGCAUUGUGGUCUUUUGCAAUGGAGCCUUGGCCGUGAGGGACGAGCUGGAAAAAGCUUUUCCCUCCGAAAUCCACUGGAACACCGAAUUAUCAUCCAUCACUCAUGGAGCUUACCAAAACAUCAAACACAGAGGAAGCGACAGAUGCUAUCACGUUGUUCAUGCAGGUGUUGGAAAGAUCUUUUUGGUACACCCUCAUCCAGGAGGCGACCACGACCUACUAGCACCGGGGAUGCUCAAUCAGGCAGGCUUGAACUGCCAAGUCCUCGCCAGCCCCCAACAAAUGGAGUCUAUUUUAUGGUACAAACUGGCGGCCAACUGUGUUUGCAAUCCUAUCACUGCCAUUCAUCAGUGUACCAAUGGAGCCAUGAAAGAUUUCGUACCGGACUUGGACAAGGUGAUUGCCGAUGUAGUAAGGGAAGUUUGCGAGGUUCAGCAUGCCAUUGCUUCCGCUACAGGGCAAUCCCUGCAGUUGGACCCUCUGCUUGUCACAACCUUUGUCCAUCAAGUCAUUGCAGACAAUUUCGAGAAUCGCACGUCGAUGCAACAGGACGUCUGGCAUAAACGGCAGACCGAGAUUGACUUCCUCAAUGGGUACAUUGUCAGGGCAGGGGAUUUACAUGGCAUUGCGUGCCCAACGAAUCUUGAGCUGCGGGAGCAACUCUUGCAAUUGGAGGCCAACUUUUAA